AUGAAUUAUAAAUGCAUCAGUGAAGAAGCAAUAAUCGCAAUUUCAAACAAUUGUAAAAAACUUAAACGUUUAGAACUUGCUGAUUGCACUAUAUUAUCAACAAGUAUUGAUGGUGAGCCACUUUCUUCUCCAUCUGUUUUAAAUGAGUUAUCAAAAUUACAAUAUCUUGAACAUCUAAACUUGAGAGAUACAGAAAAUAUUGACGAUAAUACAAUUAUUGCUAUUGCUAAUAAUUGUAAAAACCUAAAAAGUUUAGAUAUCCAAGGCAUCAGUGAUACUUCUGAAACAGCUCUCGUUGCUUUAACAAAGUUGAAAAAUUUAGAAUCAUUGACAGUAGGCUUUCGUGAUAUUUCAGACAGCUACAUUAUCAGGUUGAAAGGAUUAAAAGUAUUUGAUUGUGAUGGUUGCGAGAAACUUACUGAUGUUGGUAUUAUUCAAUUUAUAAAAAAUAAUCCAGAUCUUGAAAAGAUCAAUGCAGAUUGGUUGGAUGAUUCUAAGUCAAUAAUUAAAUCUCAAUGGUUGAUUGUUAGAACAUAG